CCACCCCCGCCGCAUAUGGAUGUUGCUCACUUUAUCUGAGAUACACAUACGAUACAAUACGUUAACUAGCGUUCCCGUCCCCCGUCACACACAACAACAAUCCUCUCUCCUACUCUCUCCCGUCUUGUGAGAACUUUCCUCGUCAAGAGCAACAGCUCCCUCCCGACAUCGUUCAACGCCAGCAAACUCCACCCCUCCUCCGUCUACUCUACCCUUGCCGCGUCCUCGUUCCGCCCUCUGCCCAGCACCCCUCCUACGACUCUUCCAUCACGACUCCACGACCUCAAACGAACCCCCAACACCUCGACAAAGCGCCACAGUGAUGACUACGCCCCACCAGCGAAUCCCUCUCAACCACCAGUACCUACUCGAGGCCCUGCAUGCAGCCAGCUCCCAGUCCCAGGAACUCGUGCAGCAAGCUUCGGCCCAGCUGAAGGAAUGGGAGAAGCAGGCGGGCUAUUGGACGUUGCUACAGGACGCCUUUCUCGAUCGAUCGCUACCCGUCGAGCUACGUUGGAUCGCCAUCAUCACGUUGAAGCAAGGCGUCGACAAAUACUGGCGGAAGACAUCUCAAAAUGCUAUCUCGAAAGAGGAGAAACGCAGCAUCCGUGCUCGCUUACUGUCUAGUUCGAUCGACGAGACGCAGUCGCAGCUAGCUGUCCAGAAUGCCGUCAUCGUCGGGAAAGUCGUCCGCCUCGAGUAUCCGCUUGAGUGGCCAAAGGUGUUUACCGACAUCACGGCGAUCAUCCGGCAAGCUUCGGACGCCACCAGCAACGGCCGGACGGACGAGCAGGCGUCGCUGCGGCUGACGAGAUCCCUAUCGAUCCUGCUGCACGUGGUGAAGGAGCUCGCUACUGGCCGCCUCAGCAGAACCAAGUCCAGCUUGCAGUCCGUCACCCCCGAGAUCCUCAAGGUACUGGGAGACGUGUACAUAAGGCAUGUGCAGGUCUGGCAGAAUCUCCUGGGUCAGCCCGCCGCGCCCGCAGAGAGGACCCAGCAGAUGAUGACCAUUUCUCUGUCCGCCCUCAAGAUCAUGCGGCGUCUGAUCGUGGCCGGCUACGAGUUCCCGAAUAGAGCACCGGAGGUCAACCAGGCGUGGAGCCUUCUGCGGGACCAUGUGUGGGUCUUCUUCAACGCCGACAGCGAGGUGGCCGCUGCCAGCGUCGAGAUCAAUGGCUUGCUGCGGAAGCACGUUGUCAACAUCGGCAAGGUGUUUUUGGAUGUGAUCGCGCAUCACCCGGCGGCAUUCGCACUGCUUCCUGGAACACUGGAGUUGCUGGGACGAUACUGGGAGGUGGUCGUCGCGCACGGCGAGACUCUGGCGGCGCAGAGUAAGACCACCGUCCACAGCAUCAAUGGCGCGUCGAUCGGCAGCAACAACGGCGCGGCCGAGGACGAGGCCGAGCGCGUGCAACGGAAGUUCAGCGAGAAGGUGGCGCUGCAGGGCAUGCUCUUGUUCCGCGGGGCCGUCAAGAUGAUCCACAGUCCGACGGCUACUUUUAAGUACCGUCAUAAAGUCGAGAAAGACGAGAUCAAGUCGGCAACCGUCCUGUUCAAGGAACAGCUCUUUUCGCCCCAGACCGUCACGCAUUGCAUGGAAGUGCUGGUUACUAAAUACUUCAUCCUGAGGCCGUCGGAUCUGGAAGGAUGGGCGGAUGAUCCCGAGGGCUGGAACGAGCAGUGGGAGAAUGCAGUGGAGAGUUACGAGUUUCUGAUCCGGCCCUGCGCUGAGAAGCUCUUUAACGAUCUGGUGGUCAACUAUAAGGAUGUUUUGGCGCAGCCGUUGAUGACCGUCUUUGGAUCGAUAGAGUCGAUCGCGAAAGACGACAUCCUGAUGCGGGACGCUAUCUACACGGCCGUCGGUCUCGCGGCGAGUGUGCUGCACCAGAACCUCAACUUUGAUCAGUUCAUCAACAAGACUCUAGCGAACGAGGUCCAGAUAGCGCAACCGGGUUACAAUAUCAUCCGGAGAAGGGUGGCAAUCUUGAUUGGGCAGUGGGUUUCCGUUAAGAUAUCAGUAGAGACGCGGCCGACAUUGUAUAAAAUCAUGCAACAUCUAUUGAACCGUGAGGAUCCUCUCAAUGAUCUCGUGGUCCGCCUGACGGCGGCGCACAACCUGAAGCGUUGCGUUGAUGAAUGGGACUUCAGACUGGAAGCUUUCCUGCCUUUUGUGGACGACAUCUUCCACAAGCUAAUGGGACUGAUCAGCGAGUCCGAACAGACGGAGACGAGAAUGGGACUGCUCGAUGUGAUAGGCAUGAUCGUCGACAGGCUCGAGCACAGGGUUGCGCCGUAUGCCGAGCAGAUCGUGCAGAUAUUGCCGCCGCUGUGGGAGCAGACUGGCGACGAGCAUUUGUUCAAGCAGGCGAUUCUGGCGAUUCUGACUAAACUCAUCGGCGCCAUGAAGGAUAAGAGCGUGCAAUACCACCACAUGGUCAUCCCGUUGAUUAGGUACUCGGUGGAACCAGGAUCGGGUAUGCAAGUAUAUCUCCUUGAAGAUGCGCUGGACCUGUGGGAAGCAACCGUCCGGGCCACGCCAGCGCCGGCAUCGCAAGAACUGCUCGACCUGUUCUCGUACCUAAUCGCGUGCAUGGAGCUCGCGUCGAUCGCCCUGCGCAAGGUCCUCGACAUCGUCGACAGCUACGUCCUCCUCGCGCCGCGCGAGAUCAUCGAGACGUACCGGGGGCAGCUGUUCGUGUCGUUCGCGAACCUCCUCGGGCAGCUGAAGCCGGAGGGGCAAGGAACCGUCACUAGGAUUGUCGAAGUUCUGAUCCGCGUGGCGAAGCAGAUUGGCGGGGACGCGGCGCUGGGCACGGUGUGCGUCGAGCUGGUCGAGAGCCGCUUCCUCGUCAACAUCUUUGAGGGCCUCAGGGAGAGCUACGAGGCCAACCAGACCACCGGCCCCAACAAGCGGCACCCCCCGACCGCAAUGCAGAUCUCGGACUACCUCUCGCUGCUGGCGCGCAUCGUGAUCGCGAACGCCGGCUGCUUCCUAGAGGUCGUCCGCAUGGUCGCCGAGAGGACCACGCAGCAGAGCGUACCAGACUUCAUGAAGUGGCUGCUCGCCGAGUGGUUCGGUCAUUUUGCGAAUAUGGGACAUCCUAGCCAGCGGAAGCUCAAUUGCUUCGGCCUCACUAUGCUACUCGAAACGAAUCAGCCGUGGAUAUUGGAGAGAUUGCAGGAUCUGAUGAUUGUAUGGACCGAUGUCGUCGUGGAGCUGAGGGACGAGCAUGGUACCAAUGACACCCUCGUCUGGAAAUCAGCCGAAGACGUCAGCGCGGACCCGGAGACUCCUGAGCGGACGAGACGGAAUCAGCUAACAGAAUCCGACCCCGUGCACUCGGUCGACGCCUCGGAACUCAUCAAACACCACCUAGAAAAAGUGCAGAACGAGAACGGAGGCCCCCAGGCGUUCAGCGAUACCUGGGUCGUCAAUGUCGACCGUGACGUGCUCAGCGAGUUUGCGAAGCUGGGGUUGGUGUAGUUCGUAAUGACGAGAUGAGAGAGAGAUGGGGAAGGGGG